GUCACUUCACCUGGGAGAAAUACCUGAAAGAGACAUGUGCCAUCCCAGCUCCUGCCCAUUGCUUCAAGCAGUCAUACACUCCACCUGCAAAUGAAUUCAAGAUCAGCAUGAAGCUAGAAGCCCAGGACCCCAGGAACACCACCUCCACUUGCAUUGCCACAGUGGUGGGUCUGACGGGCGCGCGCCUCCGCCUGCGCCUCGAUGGCAGCGAUAACAAGAAUGACUUCUGGCGGCUGGUGGACUCUGCUGAAAUCCAGCCCAUAGGAAACUGUGAGAAGAAUGGAGGGAUGCUGCAGCCUCCACUGGGCUUUCGGCUGAAUGCCUCCUCUUGGCCCAUGUUCCUUCUGAAGACUCUGAAUGGAGCAGAGAUGGCUCCUGUCCGGAUUUUUCACAAGGAACCACCAUCUCCAUCCCAAAACUUCUUCAAGACAGGUAUGAAGCUGGAGGCAGUGGACAGGAAGAACCCUCACUUCAUCUGCCCGGCCACCAUUGGGGAGGUGAGAGGUUCUGAGGUCCUCAUAACAUUUGAUGGCUGGAGAGGUGCCUUCGAUUACUGGUGCCGAUAUGAUUCCCGGGACAUCUUUCCCGUAGGCUGGUGCUCGCUGACUGGAGAUAAUCUGCAGCCCCCUGGAACAAAAGUUGUGAUUCCAAAGAGCCCUUUACCUGCCUCCGAAGUAAACUCGGAGAAACCUAGCAUGCACAGUAGCACAAAGACUGUUUUGGGGCAUCAACAAGGGCAAAGGCGUCGCAAAACAGGGAAGAAGCGUGGUCGAACGACCAAAGCGCUAAUCCAUCACCCCAUGCCUACACCCUCCAAGUCAGUGGAGCCUUUGAAAUUCCCCAGAAAGAGAGGCCCCAAGCCUGGCAGUAAGAGGAAACCUAGGACAUUGCUGAACCCAGCACCCACCUCUCCAACAACCAGUACCCCAGAACCAGACACAAGCACUGUGCCUCAGGACGCUGCUACAAUCCCCAGCUCUGCCAUGCAGGCUCCCACAGUUUGCAUUUACUUGAACAAGAACGGCAGCACUGGGCCCCACCUAGACAAGAAGAAAGUUCAGCAGCUGCCAGACCAUUUUGGACCAGCUCGAGCUUCUGUUGUCCUGCAGCAAGCAGUACAGGCCUGCAUUGAUUGCGCUUAUCAUCAGAAAACAGUCUUCUCCUUCUUAAAACAAGGCCACGGGGGAGAGGUCAUCUCAGCUGUAUUUGAUCGGGAACAGCACACUCUGAACCUGCCAGCAGUAAACAGUAUCACCUACGUCCUCCGCUUCCUGGAGAAGCUCUGCCACAAUCUUCGCAGUGACAACCUCUUUGGGAACCAGCCUUUCACUCAGAACAGCCACAUGCAGCGCUCACACGAGUACGACCACGACAGGUAUCUACCAGACAGAAGCAGUUCGUUAGACGGCACUCUGCAGGGACCAGGCCGGGGUACAAAGCGGUAUUCCCAAGAUUCCCCUCCAUACAGUGCUCCUCUCUCCCCCAAGUUACCAAAGAAUGACCGUCACCCUUUGGAAGGUGAAACCUUUGUUCUGGGAGAUGGCCUCCCAGGGCCCUUGGAGCCUCGCCUGGACCCCAUGGACUCUGCCUUGAACUCUGUCAAUUCAUCCAGCCACAGCAGGAGCUCCAGAGACUAUCGCCUGCAAGGAUACAGGCACCUGCACCAACCCUCUAGCCUCACCCAGGGCAGCACCUCUGCCUUGCGUAGGCUUAGCUCUGGGGGUUCAGAUAGAUACCUUGGAUCUCGAGACAUCUCGCGGCUGAGCAGCCGCGACCCCUCGUCCUGGACGGUGGAGGAGGUGAUGCAGUUCAUACGAGAAGCGGAUCCGCAGCUGGGACCCCACGCUGACCUCUUUCGAAAACAUUCCGUGUUUUACCUGGUGGUGCCCAUGAAGUCAGAAGAGCAGUCGGAGAAAAUACCCGUCUUCCCCAGGCAGGAGAGGCUG